AUGCGCGCACCCGAGCUCCUGUCGGUAACGUUCCGCAAUACCGCUAGGCGAAGGCACGUAUUCGUCUGGGAGAAGCUAGUACUGCUAUACGUACAGUACCACAAGGGUCAGGAGCAGUCGGGGGGGUAUAAGGAGAACGUACGCGUACGUCGUCCCCUUCCGCCAGAUGCUCCUCCGCCAGCGGAAGCCCGGGGCGGUACUGUCGCCUUACCUAUGGGCCCGGCUGGACGGGAAGGUAUGGGACGACGGCAGCCUGUCGUGCGCGCUCGUACGGGCGUGCAAGCGAGCCGAGGUCCCGGCGUUCAAGGCGGCUUCGGCGCCAAUAGGGCCAACUUUGACGGGGCCGACGCGGCCAACGACAUAGAGGACGAGGCGGAUAUAGUCGACCUCGCCAAGAUGAGCAACCACUCGUACUGGGUAUUCCAGAGGUUAUACGCAAGCAACAAUACGCUAACGCCGGCGAUACUGCUGACCCGCGGCUUCCGCGCCUCGAGGAGCUGGAGGGGGCUGUUUAAGUUCGACGAGGCACUGUCCGGUAAGCGCCCGCCGCCCGCCGACGGCCCGGCCGGUAUUGCCGCUGCGUGCAAGAGGGCCAGGGUCCGACAGCGGCCGCACGCGGGCGAGGACGAUAUACUCGCCGCCGCCCGAUAUAUGUACCGCGACCCCAAGCUUGAGUUCCGCACGCCCGGCCAGCGCGCCGCAGCUAUAGUUAUGCUGGCGCCCGACUCGCCGGACCAGCUCAUCGUCGUGCUCGGCACCGGCUCCGGCAAGAGCCUGCUGUUUAUGGUCGGCUCGUUGGUGCAGGACGCCGGGGUAACGAUUGUAGUCAUUCCCCAGGUGGCCCUGCGCGGUAACGUACAGUCGCGCCUGCAGGAGGCCGGGAUCCAAUACCAUACCUGGUACGCCCAGUCGAGGCAGACGGCGCCGGUAGUGCUGGUAUCCGCCGAGCUUGCGUACUCGUCGGCGUUCCUCGACUACGCGCACAACCUCGUAACGAGGCAGAGGCUCGACCGUAUCGUUAUCGACGAGUGCUACCUAACGCUAACGGCCGUCGAUUACCGUAAGUGCAUGGGCGAGCUGGGUUGGUACGUGAGCCAGCUGAGGACCCAGUCCGUAUGGCUAACGGCUACCCUACCGCCGUCGAUGGAGGCCGCCUUCGGCGAGCGGAAUAUGCUUGUGCGCCCCCGCGUGGUGAGGGAGUCGACAAACCGAUACAAGAUCCGAUACCGCAUCCGCCGCGCCAAGGGGGGCAGGCCGAUUGAGCUCGAGGCCCUAAAGUGGAUCGGCAAGUACGUCGCGACCCCCGCCAUAUUCUACAACAACCAGCAGAAGAUGGUAGUGUACUGUAAGACGAAGGCUGCCGUCGAAAGUAUCGCCGGGCAGCUGCAGUGCCCGACCUACGUUGGCGGUAACGAUGUAGCCGAGGAGGACAAGAAGGCCGCCAUCGCCCGCUGGCUGGACUCGCCCGACCAACGCGUUAUCGUAGCGACCAAGGCGCUCGGCAUCGGCUUCGACUACCCCUACAUCCGCGUCGUCCUCCACGUAGGCGCGCCCGAGAGCAUGGUGGAGUUCUGCCAGGAAUCGGGUCGGUCCGGCCGCGAUGGACACCAAAGCGAAUCCGUCGUCGUCCUCGAGAGCACGUGGAAGCCCGGGGGACGCAGCGGCACCCACGACGACGAUAUGGACCUCUACCUUACCAUACGCCACUGCGCGCGGGCGGUCAUCAGCCAGACCAUGGACAGGCCCGAGGACUGGACCUGGUGCAUGACGGGGGACGCGACGUGCCAGGCCUGCCCCGACGCGCACACGACCCCCCGCCCGCCGGGGCCCGCGCUCGGGCUGCAGGACGCCGACGCCGCGUUUCCCGGCGCCAAGGAGGCGAGGAGGCAGGACAGGAUCGACAGCGACACCGUGGAACGCUACAAGCGGGACCUAGAGGGCGUAAAGAUGAUAUGCCUGUACUGCAGGGUCGUCGGCAGGCCGUUCGACCACGCCGGCGGGGCGUGCCCCUACCGGUGGGAUUGGAUUAAGGCCAAGAGCGCCGCGAUAAAGGCGUCCGGGCGGAAUCCCUGGAUGCCGAGCCUGACGGUGUGCUACCGGUGCUUCUAG